ACUGGGGAAAAACCUUACAGCUGUGAUCAAUGUGGGGCAGCUUUCACAGUACAGAGUCACCUAAAAAAACAUCAACGCAUUCACACUGGAGAGAAGCCGUACUGGUGUGAACAAUGUGGGAAAACGUUUUCUUAUAGUAGAUAUUUAAAGAUUCAUCAGAGAGUUCACACUGGAGAGAAGCCGUACAGCUGUGAUCAAUGUGGGGCAUUUUUCACACAACAGAGUGCCCUGAAAAGACAUCGACGCAUUCACACUGGAGAAAAGCCGGACAGCUGUGAUCAAUGUGGGGAAACAUUUUCUCAGAGUAGUAACCUUAAAACUCACCAGCGCAUUCACACUGGAGAGAAGCCGUACAGCUGUGAACAAUGUGGAAAUACCUUUUCCCAUAGUAGUCACCUUAAAACUCACCAGCGCAUUCACACUGGAGAGAAGCCGUACUGGUGUGAACAAUGUGGGGAAACGUUUUCUAAUAGUGGUAACCUUAAAACUCACCAGCGUAUUCACACUGGAGAGAAGCCGUACUGGUGUGAACAAUGUGGGGAAACUUUUUCUCAGAGUAGUAGCCUUAAAACUCACCAGCGUAUUCACACCGGAGAGAAGCCGUACUGGUGUGAACAAUGUGGGGAAACGUUUUCUAAUAGUGGUAACCUUAAAAAACACCAGCGCAUUCACACUGGAGAGAAGCCGUACAGCUGUGAACAAUGUGGGGAAACGUUUUCUCAUAGUGGUAACCUUAAAACUCACCAGCGUAUUCACACCGGAGAGAAGCCGUACUGGUGUGAACAAUGUGGGGAAACGUUUUCUAAUAGUGGUAACCUUAAAAAACACCAGCGCAUUCACACUGGAGAGAAGCCGUACAGCUGUGAACGAUGUGGGGAAACCUUUUCUAAUAGUAGUUCCCUUAAAACUCACCAGCGCAUUCACACUGGAGAGAAGCCGUACUGGUGUGAACAAUGUGGGGAAACCUUUUCUCAGCAUGGUAACCUUAAAAGACACCAGCGCAUUCACACUGGAGAGAAGCCGUGCUGGUGUGAACAAUGUGGGAAAACCUUUUCCAACAGUAGUCACCUUAAAACUCACCAGCGCAUUCACACUGGAGAGAAGCCGUACUGGUGUGAACAAUGUGGGAAAACCUUUUCUCAGAGUAGUAGCCUUAAAAGACACCAGCGCAUUCAC